UAUAAACUGGAUAAAUGAUGAAGAUGAUACCAGGAAAGAAGAUUGAUUAGAGAAAGAACGAGAAUAAAAGAUGAUGAGAAAAGAUGAAAAAGAGAAAGUGAUUUUACCUGGUCUUGUACAUCCUACCCAUUUUUAAUGCAUUUCAUUCAUUCAUCCGCAAGGCGAGAAUCACAUUAAAUAAAGCGAAAUAUUUUCUUCUUUUUUCUGCUUAUUUAAGCUUAAAUGUUUCUUGCUGAAUCGAUGAAUAUACAUUAAUGAUGAUAACUUUAGCUAAUAUUACACACAAAACCAAAUGAUUUCAAAUGGCUAUCGAAAUAACCAUGUCAAACUGGAUAAAUGGUAACCGAGUUUUGCUCUUAAUAAAUUAUGAAGUUGAUCACAAGUAAGUGUGAAGAUACGAUAAAAGAGUUAGAGUGAGAGUAAUUCAGCUACAUGAUGAAUGUAUAAUUUAAAAGCGUUGAUUGAAAAGUUCGUAAGUGCCUAAAUGAGAGGGUGGAACCAUAACCAAUAUCAUUAAUCUUCUUCCCGGUCAACUUAUAAUUCAGCAUUUCUAAAGUUUGUUUACUCUAAAAAUGAAAUUGCUCAAGAGGAGGAGAUAUUAUUAUAACGAUUGGCAUGAUAACGAUGAAACCGAUUCCUUUUAAUCCAUCACCAGUCCUGAUCAAGGCUUUAGUUGAUCUUUAACCUUCUUCCGAGUUGGUUUAAAAUUUGCCUUUUGUUUUGUCUCAGACAACAAAUUUUUUUAUUUCCUCUAAAAGUCCAAUAUAUUUCAAGUGUUUGGCUGCCUUCAAAGCCUCAAGCUCUAGUGAGUUUGGCGAAAUUAUCUGUUCAUUUGGAUUGCUUUCCAUUUCCAGUGUUCAUCUCUUUUUGUAUCCACCAGAAAACACAAUUUAAACGACAAUCAUGUCCAACUAUAAUUUUUCAAUUUGUUUGCUCGCAAUCACAAUUGGCUUGGCAGUUGCUGCUGUUUCCAUUCCCACGGCUCCAGUGGUUCGACAAUCAAGACCCAUUCUUCAACCACCACCACAACAAGUCGCAAGAGUGAAGCCACAGACUGUUCAAGGAGCUGUUAGACCACCAAAUAACCAGUUCAAACCACAACAGCCUCAACCACAGCCACAGUUUCCUCAAAUGAAACCACCAACCACUCAAUCAGAAGACGAUGAAAGUGAAUCGCCAGAGGAAAUCUUGAAUGUUUAUUUUGAUUUCAUCAAGAAUAAUGAUGAAAAUAACUGUUUAAUGAGACUGAUUUGCCAAAUUGGUUAUAAUCGAACUGCUUUUGGUAAUUUCGGUGAACAGAUUUCCAGUUUCUUCACUGAAAUCGAAUCAAAUACUGGAGCUGCUGCCCAAUAUCGCACAGCUUUCCAAACACAUCUGACUGAACCAAAUGUAGCUAAAUGUACUGAAAAAUAUCCAAGCUGUCAAUAUGAGACAAAUGACAUGAUUGAGGUUGGCAAUGAUCUGAUGAACAGAAACUUAACAAAUAUUCAGCUAGAUGAUGUCAAAAAAGGACCAGCUUGGAUCGCUCAGUCUAAUUGAUCUAAUUUCAAGAUAAUUUUAAUUAAAUAAAUUUUACUU